CCAUCAUGGAAUUGUCUACAUUGGGCUCCUGGCUGCUGAAUCCGUUUUUAGGCCGCAUUCCCGCCUCAGACACCGCAGACACCGGCGUCGUGACUCAUGGACCGGUCUACCGCCUCCCCGCCGAACUGCUUGCCAUCAUCCUACACUUCUCGCGGAGCAUCGAUCCCCCAACCACAAGAAAUGGCAGAUGCGACGGGGGAGAGGACCCGUUAUAUCUCGGGUGGAUACGCCUUACCCAUGUCUGUCAGUAUUGGCGGCACGUCGCACUGUCCGAUUCAGCUCUUUGGGACGAUAUACGCAUAGACUUUUUGGGAGAGUUUUGGGCCCGCGAGAUGAUAUCCCGGUCGAGGUCUUGUCCUUUGACUAUAACGCACGAAUACGAGAAACAUGAGGCUGUAGCCACCGAUAUCUUCGAAAACCACCUCGACCGCGUUCAAUUCAUCCACCUCGUCGAUGUGGGCGCCGCGCUCAUCUUGUCCAUGGCCCGCCCUGCUCCUGUGCUUCAAAGUCUGGAAAUCGAUGUAACCGCUCCAGAAGAUAACAACCUGCCGUAUAUCGUUCAUCUACCAGCCACAUUCCUCGCCGGCUGCGCUCCGCGCCUGAAAACUCUCAUUCUGGAGAACGUUACUCCUCCUUGGAACUCCCCCAUACUAUCUCACCUCACCACCUUGAGCCUUCGCUAUUCGAAACCGAACUCACAAACGACUCGACCCUUUGAAUUGCGGGAACUGCUACAAGCCUUGCAACGCAUGCCCUCCUUGCAAACGCUUGGGCUUCAGAACUGUCCAACGCCAUUCUUGGGUCCUACGCCUACCAGUGGCACUAUCAAGCUCCCGAAUCUCACCGUGCUGAAUGUUGGGAAGGUUUCGACCUCCAGUUUCGUCCGUUUCGGAAGCCUCCUCGUGCUACCAAACCUUCGACGUCUCACAAUACAGUCCUUCGUCCCUGUAUUGUCCACGGCGGCUUGGGACGGUUUUUUCAACACAUUGAAGUCUCUCUUCCCAGACUCGUCUUUUGUCGAUGCCUCCCCUCGCGCUCAGUUCCACAGGCUUGUCAUACAUGCCCAUCUGUGUAGACAAGGGGACAACAUCUUUCAUUAUCGAGUCAACGCAACUUCACUGGCCACCAGCUCGUGUUAUCGCACCUGUUUAAAGUUCAUUGUCCAUUCAGCCGCCUCUCCCACCGAGUUUUGCAAAGCUCUACUCGCGUCGCUUCCUUUCCAAGAUCUCAGUAUCUUAAUCUUGGCCGACGAGUCCUCAGCCAAAACAACAAGGUUACCAUCGACAUUCCCGGACUGGUCCUGGACGGAAGAAGAUUGUCGUUCCUUCUUCACCUCUCUACCGAGCUUGAAGAUGGUAGUCUGCGGUCAUAGGGACCUCACUUCAUUUUGGGAUUCCUUGUUCCCAUCUAGUCCCAGAACGGCCGAGGAGUUCGACAUGGCGAUGUCAGUCAUUACGCAGGCCUUAGCUCAAGAGUCGCAGGUCACAAAACGUAUCGCCGAUUUACUCUCGAAAAGCCCGUAUCGCCGGCUCGCCCACUUACCGCGCUUUAUGGACGUGGUACUCGCUGAAGCAUCGUCAAGUGGCCCCGCGUCUGGGUCUCACUCGCUCUCCGACGAUUCUCACUACCUACCCGAUAUAUCGUGCGACGCGAUGGUGGUGCUCCCGAGGACGAGAGAGAGAAAAAAGGUGGCCGACGAAGUCGUUUGGAAGACUCGAUCGACGGUGACGGUCGGGUCGGGGGAAACACAGGAGGAAAUCAGUAAGGAAGCCGUGACGACUUUCCGUUUGUUUUGAGGAUGUGCCAAGGUGUAUCAUUUUAGGAUCGUGCGCCUCAGCGACUGUCACUCAACCUCAGCCGAUCCAUUCUUUCCAUUUGACUGACCUCGAUACAACUCCUUCGUCCUUUUCGCUGUCUACGACUUCCAUAUGAGCUUUCUUCUGCACGUGAGAGACGGUUUUCUUCCACGAUCCCCUCUUCAACUCUUCAAACCAGUUAUACUCUGUCCACCAACCCGCC